AUGGACCUGGUUGUUCUAGUUUUGAUGGAUUCGCUUAUGGGCACGCAAGGCAGCGGCAAUGAUGGAAAAAUUUCCUUCAUUGCCAAUGAGCUUCAGCCUACUCCAAGAAUGAUCAUAGUGCUGAAAGAGUUAACUUAUGGGGAUUUGGUUACGCCAUCUGAAAGUUCUGAAGAAUUGCGAGAAGGGAUAGUUAGGUGCUUUAGAGCUUUGCUUCUUAGGCUCCACUCCAGCUCAAAUGUGUUUUCCAUAUGCACACAGAUUUCUAGCAUAUUCCAAACACUAUUACUAAAUAAGUCAGAGCCAGAUGAAUGCUUGGUUGCAUUUCUUCAGUCACAGGAUGCUUCUGCUGCUGUUGGAUACUGGCUCUUACGUCAUCUCAAAGUUGGGACAGAUGCACUAGCUUUCUUUUCACCUGGUGUUGUUAGCCGAUUUGCAAAAGUUUUGCAUAUGUCGAAGGCAAUGAUAAGUGGUGCAGGUGCAAGUACAGAAGCAAUUGAUCCAACGAUAAGAGGUUUGAUAGAAUUUUUCAUGAUAGACCUCAAAGACGAUGCAUAUCUUCCUGGUCUUGGUGUACCUGAAAAUGAUAUUUUCCAGUCCUCCUCAACCAAGCGAAGAUAA